UACGUUAGCUUGUUGGAUGUCGCGACAGUGCAGUUAGGUUCGUUCGUUGUCAUGCCAGGGACGCACGAACCCAGUCAGUGAACAGGGGGUAUCGCAAUCGAGGCGGGUAAUAGGGAUAGUUAGCUAGCCAGGUAGCUAGCUAGUUGUCCAACUAACGUUAGCUAGCUAACGUGAGAAAUCUAAACAAGGCUUGUAGCGCGCAUCAACGGAGUGAGGCCCUCAACACACCCCCUCGCAUCGACACUGCCCCCUCUUCGCCGAUCCUCCCGUGAUUUGCUGAGAUCUGUACACGGGUGAAGUCGGACAGUUCUCGGUUGGGGACAACUUGACAGCGAGGCCCCUAGCUCCCCUCCCCCAUUCCCAUCCAAGACCCCUCAGUCCACCUCUUCGCAAGACAUUAGAAGCGAGGAUCGGGAUAUUAGAUACCUAGCUAAAGUUAACCCAUCCAACCGAAGUCCAGCUAGUCCAUUCUAACCCGCGGGUUGCCAAAACCAGGAGGUAUGACUUUGGAGUCGAUGAUGGCUUGCUGCCUGAGCGAAGAGGCGAAGGAAUCGAAACGAAUCAAUGCGGAGAUAGACAAACAACUCCGGCGAGACAAGCGGGACUCGAGGAGAGAACUGAAAUUACUCCUUCUCGGUACAGGAGAGAGUGGGAAGAGUACAUUCAUCAAGCAGAUGAGGAUCAUCCACGGGGCGGGCUACACAGAGGAGGACAAGAGGGGUUUCAUCAGGCUGGUGUACCAGAACAUCUUCACCUCCAUGCAGUCUAUGAUCAAAGCCACAGAGAACCUCAAGAUCCCCUUCAAAUACGAGCAGAACCGGUCUAAUGCCAUGUUAGUGAAGGAGGUGGACAUAGAGAAGAUCUGUGGUUUCGACCAGCCCUACAUCAGCGCCAUCAAGACCCUGUGGGCCGACCCUGGGAUACAGGAGGCCUACGACAGACGCAGGGAAUACCAGCUGUCAGACUCCACUAAAUACUAUCUAACUGAUCUGGACCGUAUCUCAGACAACAACUAUCUGCCCACACAGCAAGAUGUUCUGAGGGUGCGAAUCCCCACCACCGGCAUCAUAGAGUACCCCUUCGACUUGUCAAGCAUCAUUUUCAGGAUGGUGGAUGUAGGGGGUCAAAGGUCAGAGAGGAGGAAGUGGAUCCACUGUUUUGAGAAUGUCACUUCCAUCAUGUUCCUGGUGGCCCUCAGCGAGUACGACCAAGUCCUGGUGGAGUCUGACAACGAGAACCGUAUGGAGGAGAGUAAGGCGUUGUUCAGGACCAUCAUCACCUACCCCUGGUUCCAGAACUCCUCAGUCAUCCUGUUCCUCAACAAGAAGGAUCUGCUGGAGGAGAAGAUCUCAUACUCCCACCUGGUCGACUACUUCCCUGAGUUUGAUGGUCCCCAGCGAGAUGCCCAGGCAGGCCGGGAGUUUAUCCUGAAGAUGUUUGUGGACCUGAACCCGGAUAGCGACAAGAUCAUCUACUCCCACUUCACCUGCGCCACGGACACCGAGAAUAUCCGCUUCGUCUUCGCUGCCGUCAAAGACACCAUCCUGCAGCUCAACCUCAAAGAAUACAACCUGGUCUGAGAGACUCUUGCGCACACACACACACACACACACUCUUCCCAGUUGCACAGCUUAGCCUACACGCGCGCACACACACACACACACACACACACACACACACACACACAUGGACACCUAUGAAGCUUACACACACCUACAUGUCUAGUUGAUCUUUCCCCCUCCUGCUUAUCACUCCAGCGAUUUAAGACCCCUCUCUUCCAAUAUCUCUCCUCCCAUCCCCUCUCUCAUUCCUUCCCUCUUUCUACCCUUUUGCCAUAAGCCUGUCCUCUCACUCGUUCUCAGCAGCUUGUUAGUCUCCUCUUCUCCACACCACACAUACACACACGCCAUGCAGUAUACAGUGACUACGGGAGGGGACAAUGGGUGUAUGUGUGUGAGAAGGUGAGGAAGAGGACCAGUGUGGUCAGUGAACUGUGGGUCUUUAACCCUUGAACCCUCAGUCAACUAGCCUGAGAUCACAUCCUCUGAUUUGGUGGAAGGAGUGACCCAACCUCAAGGCAAAAAACACCUGAGAGGGUGAAGUUUUACACUCUAUAAGGGAGGGGCUAAAGACUGGGAGGGGGGUGGAGACGAUGAGGUAACAAAGGAAGCCACUAGGACCCGAGCAGGAAGUGAUGUCACACACAAGUGAGGAGUCAGACCAAGGAUUCUGUUUGCACCUCGCAUUGAUGAAUGUAUACUCCGAGUGAUCGUUGCAAACGCAAAAAUAUAUAUAAUUAAAUAUGUUAUAAAGUAAUUACAUAUGUAGACAAAAUACACGAAGACUGAAAGCACCAGAGGGAGAGGAAAAAGCUAAUUGAUUAAAUAUGUGUUUCGCUGAGCUUUUUUACAAAUAGUUUUUAAUAAUAGUAACUUGUUGCUACGUCAACUUCUAUCCGACGACUAAGAAGUGGUUUGAAAAGUUUUAGAAGCGGUUAACAAAACAAAAUCUCGUAUUUAAAAAAUUUGCAAAAUUGCCAAAAUAUCACAAAAACAAGAUGGUAACCAGAAACUGACUCUAAUUUUAUCCUUUACAGACGGCUGUGGUUGUUCAUGUUUAGGUUUGAUCACAUCGCUUCCCUCCUUCACUGGUAUACUGACUGAUACACCGGAACCUUCCGUUUGACAUCCGCAGUACCACGUUCUGUUUGAUACACGCUACAUUAAGAUUACCGAACAUCCGACACUCGCUACUAUGUUCUGAUUGGAGUCGCUGAGGGGGAGGGAGUCAUGAAUGGAUGAUGUCAUCAGCAUACGGUACAUCAAUCUGUGAAAGAAUGACAUCACGUGUUAAGUUGCCCAGCGACCCAAAUAGAUGUGCUCUGGAGAUUCUGGGCAAUCCAUCCCCACAAAUGACACGGUGGCAUCCAUUAUCCCAGACACACAGGAAGCUUUACGUUGUUUACUUUUUUUACUGUAUAGACACUUUUGUUUGUUGAUGAGAGGUGGUUGUUGAUUGGUGGGAGCGGGAGACGUAUGAUCCUGCCUCCCAAAUGGACAGACAAGCGCACUCUGAAGUCUACAAAAAGUUAUUGUUUGUGUAUAUUUCUGUUUGUAAAUACAUGUACACAGAAACGCUCCUGUACAAAAACACUCUGUGGUACAGUACACCAUCUUUGGCAAAAAAAACACACACAAAAAAAA